AUGACGGGGUCGAAAGAGCGUCUUCCUCGACAUCAAAUAGAUGAGCUUGGCCGAAAAGAGGAAGAAUUUUUAGAAAAAGAUCGAUCUCUAUUAGAAUUUCACUUAUUAUUGAAAAACUACGAACCAUAUAUUUGUGUGUUACAGAUAGGUAUACUGAAUCCAGUGGCGAGGAAGAAAAUGAUAACGAUGAUAACGGGGUCGAAAGAGCGUCUUCCUCGACAUCAAAUAGAUGAGCUUGGCCAAAAAGAGGAAGAAUUUUUAGAAAAGGAUCGAUCUCUAUUGGAAUUUCACUUAUUAUUGGAAAACUACGAACCAUAUAUUUGUGUGUUACAGAUAGGUAUACGAAUACAGGUAGGCAUAGAACGUAGGACAGAGCGAAGAACCAAGCUGAAGAUAGUAACCGAGAGCAACAGUUUACGGAUGCAGAUUAAG